GGGUCCGUAGCGACCGGCGAAGAACGGCCUGCGCAUGUCAAGGCUGGCAACACACUCGGCAAGGGGGCGGCCCUGGAGAGGGGCGGCUUGAUCACCCAAUCACCCAGCGUCGGGGAUCCACAGGAUCCAGGGGCGCGCUCCACGGAAGGGGUUCCUUCCUUCUACCACCUCUGAGAUCACCAACCCUACGGGAGCUCCCGCCUCUUUUCCAGCCCCCGGAGGACCGCCAGGGAGCCCGGGCCCCUGUGUACAAGACUGAGGUGGAACAAAUUCUGUAGCCCAGACGACGACUGGAGUGGGGACACACCCAGCCCGAGAAGCCUGCCUGAGCUCCUGAGUCUCGGAGGAUCUAAGUCGGAGUGUCGCUGUCCCCAGGGGUGGGGAAAGCUCCAGAAACCACUUAAAGAAAAAGAUGCCUGCCUUCAACAGAUUGCUUCCCCUAGCAUCCCUCAUGCUCGUCUACUGGGUCAGAGUCUGCUUCCCUGUGUGUGUGGAAGUACCCUCGGAGACGGAAGCCGUGCAGGGCAAACUCAUGAAGCUGCGUUGCAUCUCCUGCAUGAAGAGGGAGGAGGUGGAGGCCACCACUGUGGUGGAAUGGUUCUACAGGCCUGAGGGCGGUAAAGAUUUCCUUAUAUACGAGUAUCGCAAUGGCCACCAGGAGGUGGAGAGCCCCUUCCAAGGUCGCUUGCAGUGGAACGGGAGCAAAGACCUUCAGGACGUGUCCAUCACUGUGCUCAAUGUCACGCUGAACGACUCUGGCCUCUACACAUGCAACGUGUCCAGGGAGUUUGAAUUUGAGGCACACAGGCCCUUCGUGAAGACCACAAGACUAAUACCCUUGAGAGUCACUGAAGAGGCGGGAGAAGACUUCACCUCCGUGGUCUCAGAAAUCAUGAUGUACAUCCUCCUGGUCUUCCUCACCUUGUGGCUGUUCAUUGAGAUGAUCUACUGCUACAGAAAGGUCUCCAAGGCUGAAGAGGCAGCCCAGGAAAACGCGUCUGAUUACCUUGCUAUUCCUUCAGAGAACAAGGAGAACUCCGUGGUGCCGGUGGAGGAAUAAUGCUGUGUGACUUGAGGUGAUCUGAGCACUGAGGGAGUUGGAUAUUUCCAGUUCAGUGAUGUCAGCAGCAUCAGCAAGGUGCCCCGAGAAUCCCAAGCAUCUGUCUUUCUAUUCAUCAACCACCCACCCCAACUGUGAGAUUUUAUCUGACUUCCAAGCUCUAUUGGAACUCUACACAUCUUGAAUGAACUGAAGAGCCAACAUCUUUACAUGAACUAAACCUCGCUCUGUCCUUGCUUUCAAGCAAGCAGCUCCCAACUCAACUAAAGUUGUCCCUCGUGCUCCAAAUGACUUUAGACAAGUACUGGAGAGUAGUGUUUCCUCUGCCCCAACUGUCUGCCAUUGGGUCGUUCUCCACUGCUACAAAAAGAAUGGAUAUACACCAGAAGGAAGCACCGAUUAGUUUGGGUUAAAGCCAAAGCAUGUCAUACACUUCGAUUCACUGACAUCAGUUUUUCUUAAGUCCAUGGCCUGCUUCUCAGAGCACCAGAAAGCAGCAUGCUCCUCCAAGGUUUCUGGAAACAUCUUCUGUGGGGACUGGUCUGCUUUCUGGAGUUUAGCGUUUCAGGGCUAGAUCUCCGUAAUCCCAAAGGCCUGGAACAAACCCAGAACUUCCAAGAGGCCAAGGAAGAAUCCAGGGCAAUUUCAUUAGGCCUUGAAAGUGAUACAACAUACUCCUGAUAUUGGAAACAUGGAUGUGUGUCCUUUCUGGAUUGAAAUUGUUCGGCUGUUCCCUUCUUAGUGUCUGUGGAUCAGUAUUAUCCCUCAUUUUACAGGAGGCAGCUGAGACUCACACAGGGAUGAACAGAAGCUUUAGGGGAUUCAAGAUUUCAGUGCUACUAAUCUCACAUUCCCUGAGACGGAAGAUGUUUUUGAAGACCCUGACACUCAGCUUGACUGUAGCCAUGCCACUUGCCCAGCAGAGGCUAACAAUCACAGGUUCCAGGAACUGCAAGCCAGGCAAGAGAACACAGAAGGCAUGAGACAGACCUGCAGGAUCUCGCAUGAAUAUGAAGCAUCCUUCAGAAGACACAGCACCUGAAGAUGAUAUCUAUACAGACGAAAAAUGUCUUAGCCUGCCAUGGAAGAUGAACACAAUGACAAAGAUAGGUGUGUAGCUUCUAAAUACCUCACCUGUAGAUCUGUAAUGUCUGGUAUUUGAUGUUUGUGUGCCCCCCGUCCCAUUCAGGAAAGCAUAGAAAAGGUGAGAAGACCUUAGUCAGCAUAUCAUUAUCUUAUUUUAAUGACUGUUCUAAGUGCAAUAUUCUUUAACCUAUACAGAUAGCAAGGGCAGGAGGCCUUAUGGGAUAUAAAAUGACAGAAGCGGGAUUCAAGAAGAGAAAUGUCCCUCAGAUCUGGGGAGAUCUCUAAGAAAGACCAUUCUCCACUCCCACGGGGGCUUGGAUGACAAGCUCGUUCUCACCCCUCCCAUCACUGGGGCAUACUUGAAACAAGACCCUCAUCCUAUAUGAAAAGAGUAAUUUUGUUGGAGAAAAUAUUUGCAAUAAAUUCAAGACCCUUCUUCUCAUCGGCGACUUUUCCACCCCAUGCUUCUGAAAUAAAAGAGACAACCAAACACCUUUUUCAUACUUUACAACUAGAGAAAUACACUUGAAUUAAUGCAGCAUUUACCCAGCCAUGGGCUGGUUGGUCCAGACCUUGUGGUGGUAGCAAGCUACUCCCUCCAUCCUACUGUCUGCACGAGUAUGCAUCUAACCCUUGACGAGGUGGUAUGUGUAACUGCCUUUUCCUCUUUAUUUAAAUACUUCCUAAACAGAAUUCCAACCUAGAUAUCAGAAUUCAUGACGAAGCUGGAUGGCACCAAUCAUAUGUCCCUUACAAGACAGUUUCUCUUUCCUUCUCUAAAAUGGCAAUUUUUCUCAUCCUCGGUACCUGUUUUCUUACACCUGGAGGGCUUGCGGAGCAUCCUUUCUCUCCUCCACAACCACUCCAGUGGUAUGAAUGCUGUUGAUGCUCCGCUUUAUAAUGAAGAAACAGAGGUCUUCUGACAUCAAAUAGCUUUACUAAAUCAUCAAGGUCAUCUAGCCUCCUGUACUCAGAGCUAGGGUCCUAGUUCUCCCUCACCCACCUCACUUGGCUUCCCAAUUACACCAUCACUGCUUCUUCUCGUCUUCCCCUCCCUCACUUUUGUCCAGCUCUUUCUUCUCUCCAUUGUCCUCUAAGCUUCCUUACUCCUGCCUUCUUGAUGGAUGCUAGGCGCAUGCUUUGGGAGUCCAUCCCGUUCUGUCGUUGUCUAGUUUGUUUACAUGGUGGUUUACCCAGAAUCACAAUUGAACUUCCUUAUGGAAGAUCAUGAUGGUAACCUACAAGGUCUGGCACUCACCAGCCUGCUUCAAAUCAUCACCAUCUCCAUUUCUUCCCAUACGUCAACUCAGAAUCCCAGACUAGACGUGUGCAGGCUGGAGUGUUGUCUGGUGUGCUAUCGCUUACCAAAGGGCUUAGAAGAGCUCUCAAGGGCUAGAAUCAUUUAGAAACCCCAUUGUUUGUCUUGGUGCUGGGAAUUUCCUGUGACUGAUCCUCAAUCAUUUACUGAAGGUCACACUAGGCUGAGUCUGGUUUUCCCUUUCUUGCUGCUUAACAGCUGUGAAUUUGACUACUCAACUCAGCUGUCCAGAAGGCAUCUUGUCCUAUGACUUUUACUGUCAGCUAGAUCUCAAAUCAAACCCCAGUCCUCGAGGGGAAAUACCCAGUGCUUGCUCCUGUCUCAGGCUUCACUUUCAGUCCAUUUGACAGCAUUGUUCUUUGGUCUCUCCACCCUUAAAUAACUGUACAUGCAAGCUUUCUUUUGAAUGUCUGGGGUUGCUCUAGACAUCCACUAGAAUUAGUAGAAGACAGCAGUGGGGUUAAGGAAAAGAGUAGGGCUGAGGAGAGAGCUCACGAGGUGAUGUGCUUGCCACACAGUCGUGAGAACCUGGGUGCUGUCGGGCAUCAUGGUACUCUGGUGCUCCCUGUGCCAGGGAGGAAGAGACUGGAAGGUCUCUUCUGGGCCUCGGUGACUUGGUGAGCUCCAGGAAAGUGAGAGAGCCUGUCUCAAAAACCAAAAACCCAACAAGUUGGACAAUGCCUGAGGAAUGACACCCAAGGGUGACUUCUGGCCUCCACAUGUGCAUGCCCACAAGUUAAGGCCCGUAUGAGUACAUGCAUAAAUGUGAACACACACACACACACACACACACACACACACACACACACGAGGCCAGAUCCAGUGGUGCACUCUUGGAAGCAGGAGGAUCAGAAGUUCAAGGCUAGUUCAGCUGCAUAUCAGCAUAGUGGAAGGCUAACCUGGGCUACAUGAGAUCCUGUCUCAACAAAAAAAGAGCUAAAAGAAAACACACACACCAAAACAACAACAACAAAAAAUAGUAGCUCACCCUCCCCACAUCACACUACCACCACAUGUCAAAACAUAAAGUAUGAACCGAGCACAGUGAUGCAUGCCUUUUUCAGAAUCUGUGAAUCUACUGGGCUCAAACCACAGGGAAAUGUUUGGGAUGACACUUGCAGGGAGAGGGAAGAGCUAGAUACACUUCAAAUGUAUCAUCAAUCUUUUCUCAAAGAAACAAAGAGCGGUAUACACACACACACACACACACACACACACACACACCCCUACCUUCCUCUCAUUUCUGUUUUGUAAAUGAGAAAGCCCCAGUUCUGGGAAUUCACCCAGUCACUGCAAAUGUAUCUAAAUAUGACUUUGGUGUGCUUGCACAGCAAUCUGAUCAUCUAUUGGCUACAUUAAUACACCCUGUAUCGAAUACUAGGUUCAGCUCUCAAUAGAACCCAAGAUCUUAGGUCUGUAAAAGUGUAUGUGUGUGUAUGUGUGCGUGUACACACUUGUGCAUAGGCCCACAAUUCCAGUAAACUCUCUGUUCAUGUCAAUAAAGUGUCUCUGAA